AUGUACGACGAAGGCGAAGAGCUCGAGGAUUGGCAGGCCAGCGAACCGGCCACUCCAAGCCGCCACCAUCUUUCCGACAACGACGACGACGAUUUCCUCGCGCAAGACGGGCCUUCGCAAGGAUUUUCAACCUACACCUCCUUUGACGCAUACUUUCAGCACACUUCCAAGCCAUCUCGCACCUCCAACAACGUCUUUUCAGCGCUCGUACCUCCGCUCACCCCCGAGGAAUACGCCGAUGUGGUCAAGAGGCUCCAAACGGACACUCGCGAGCAAGACCUUGUCCUUUGGAGAGACCCUGCGACGAGGAAGACGAGCUUCAGGCGCUAUCGAACAGAGCUGGAAGAGGGCUUCAACCUAAUGAUGUACGGCUACGGCUCAAAGCGUGAGUUUCUCAACGCCUUCGCCCAACACCUCGCGCGCAAGGGCGAGCACGUCGUCGUUGCGAACGGCUUCCAGCCGAGUUUCGCCUUCCGCGACCUGCUCGACUCGAUCGACCGCGUCCCCGGCGUGCUCGAUGCGCCCUCCUCCUCGGGUGGCUCCGCAUCGGGGCAAGACGCACACGUCCAGCGCAUCCUCGCCUUCUUCUCGUCCCAAGACGCGCCCCGGCUCUUCCUCGUCGUGCACAACAUCGAAGGGAACGCGUUCCGGAACGCGAAGAACCGCGCCGCGCUCGCGCUCCUCGCACUCGCCCUCCGCAUCCACCUCGUCGCCUCCGUCGACCACAUCGCCGCGUCGCAGCGGUGGUCCCUCUCCGAGCUCUUCGCGCGCAAGUCGGAGCCCCUCGAUCCCGCGUCUCCUGCCUUGGCGGAUGUUGUACCCCAGCGUGGGUUUGCGUGGCUCUGGCACGACCUCACCACCCUGGCCCCGUACGACUUCGAGCUGGCGUACGCGGACCCGACCUCGCUCACGGGCGUCGCGGCUCUGCGCGGGGCACGCGCUCCCACCGCGUCCUCCGCGGUCGUCGGCCCCCCUGGAGGCACCCAAGCGGCGAUCGUCACCGAGACGGCGGCGCGACACGUCCUCGCAAGCGUCACGCAGAAGGCAAAGAAGCUUUUCGUCAUCCUGGGGUCCAAGCAACUCGAAGUGAUGGAUGCGCAUGGCGCAGACGGGAAGGACAAGGCGGACGGAGACAGCGGCGGCGACAAAGGCCCCACGCCGGGAGAAGGCGCGUACGACUACGACCGGCUCUUUGCGACGGCGCGGGACAACUUCGUCGCGACGAACGAUACGGCGCUGCGGGCGCUGCUGGGCGAGUUCCGGGACCAUGGGCUGGUGGUGUCGACGACGACGCAGGGCGGGGAGGCGAUGUGGAUCCCGAUGAGGCGGGACGCGUUAUUGAAGGUUGUGGGCGACCUGAAGGCAGAAGGCGCAUGA